UCGUUUUCGGUUCUUUACGAAAAUCCGCCAGUCGCUUAUAAGCAAGGCUAGAUGUUUGUUGUUUGAAAUUUAGUGUGUGUUUGUGUUCACAGUUACGACUACGAGGACGGCUUGUUUAACAAGAAACUUAUAAACGAGAAAAAAGUACGGUUUGACGUCAAAACUUCGAGCACCUUCUCAAUCAACAAGCGUCGACGAUUAGUUCGAUCGCAAUGAGGUGGCAAAGUUAUAAUAUCGUCGUUUCUUUAGUGUUAUGUCCUAUAAUAGCUUAUACGGAUUUUCUACUUCGCUCAAAAAUGAACAUAAAUUAUAAUAAGUUAGAAAACGAUGAAUUUGCGGAGUUUUACUUUUUGGAAGAUAAAAAAUUCGUACCAAUUCAAUUUAUUGAUUUACCAGAAGAUUUAAAUUAUUUACCUAAAUGUUGUCCACCAGAGUAUAUGUAUCAUGAGUUUAAACACAACUGCAUUGAAGAUAAAACGUUUAGUGAUCUUGUUGAAAAAGUAAAUUUGAUAAAAACGGGUUUGGAUUGUGAAGUGAUUGUUGAUCAUGUUGUGUCUCGUCAUUCCUUAAACAUAAGUAAUGAUAGAGAGGCAUUAUUUGAUGAUAAAAUUAUAAGUUUUGGUGAUUACUGUGUCGAUCAUGUUUAUAAUGAGAGUAAUUUUAUUGUUCGCGAGUGCAAGAAAAAAGAUUAUUGUUUAUCACACACUCAUGAUUUUUGUAUUAAGAAAUGUUGUCCUGAUGGGUUCCAAUAUAUUAACAGGAAGUGUAUAAGAAAUCCAACUUUUGGAAUUGAUAUGGAAAUCUAUAGGAAUAUAUCUUUAGGAUAUAAAAGAAAAGGUUCUUUCGCAAUUUACCAUAACACCUCAACAUGUUCCAAAUACAUCCGAGAUUACGACCACGGUGGUAUAACUUUAGCUUCCAAUGGAUCUGUAAUGAUUAACGCAACUAAAUUAAAACGAACCUAUUCAAUUAACGAAGAAAUGUAUUGCAUCGAUGGAAAUAUGCUAAGUAGUACCAGCGAAUCUUCGCCGAUUUUUUUGUUAUGCGUACAAGAUAGUAUAGCUGAUCAUUUUAAACUUAGUCGAAUUGUUCUUCUGGUUUCUUGCUUUUGUCUAUUAUUAACCGUAUUGGUUUUUAUUAUAAUCGGAAAGGUUCGAACGUUAAUGGGAAAAAUCGUUACCAUCUAUAGUAGCACAAUGUUCGUUGCAUUUUCCGUAUUGGCAUUCGCACAAUUUUCACCAAAUUUAGGAACUGCAUGUAAACCUGUUGCAUAUGGAAUUUUAUUUUCAUUUACUGCUACUUUUAGUUGGAUGAAUGUGAUGUGUUAUGAAAUUUGGAAGACUUUGGGAGUGGUAAAAAGUGGAAUUCCAAUUGAAGAACAAAAAAAAGUUUUUCUUAAAUAUAAUUUGUAUGGGUGGACGAUUCCAACGAUUAUAACAAUGUUAACGUUACUCUUCAACACAAUUAGAGUACUUCCUGAUGAAAUCCAUCCCUUCCUUGGCGUGACACAUUGUAUAUUGGAAAAUAGAACUACUCAAAACUUGUAUGGGCAUACAUUAUUCGCAGUUCUUCCACAAGCAAUAAUGUUAUCGAUAAACGCAUUUUUUUUCAUAAAGUCAUUGCGACAUUUUAACCUGGUUAAACUUGAUGGUGAUUCACAAGGAGAAGCGCAACAAGCGAAAAAAAAGAAGUUAAAAAUACACAAAUACGACGUCCAAAGAUUCGCAAUGAUAACAAAACUCUUCUUUAUCAUGGGAUUUUCUUGGAUAUUCGAAGAGAUAUCUUCGGUUAUUAACUUCAAACAAUAUGAAGUUGGGGCUGUUAUCGAGCAGAUUUUUGAUAUUUUUAAUUGUUUACAAGGCGUUUUAAUAUUUUGUGUGUUUGUAUUAAAUAGAAACACAUUGAAGCGUUUAUUUAAACGAUUUAAGAAGAACAAAAAGGUCCAGGAGGAUGUCAAAAACAGUUCGAUAUCUGCGAGUGAGCUAAGUGCAGAACAACAAGAAAUGGGACAAACUCCAUAAACUUUCAUAUUUAUUACAUUAUUUAAAAAUAAAUUAAUACUGCGCAAAAAACGUUUAAAGCUACACCGAAAUCUGAUACAUACACAAGGUCAUAUUCAAGUGACUAGAAUCGCACGUAUUGAUUUUAAUAAAUUAGAAUUAUUUUGAACUACAGCUCAACGUAA